UCCUGUUCCGGCCUUCCGUUACUGCACUGCACGAGAACAAGCGAGAGGGAAAAAAUUGGAAAAAGCUUGGAGAAGACGCUCUUGACUUUCGCGCGGUCGGUUAUACACCAGCAAGCGCCUCCGAGCUCUCACCGGCGAUCGACUUUCGGGCUAACCGCGCCCUGGGUUCUGGCGCUUUUCCCCAGCGAGGGUCGUGGGAAGGUUUCUGCAGAUGGAGGAGCCGCCACUCCCGACGGAGGAAGAAGGUUCGCAGCCCAGUACAGCGGCGUCGGGGCCGGAGAAGGACCCCGCGAUUUUCAGCGUCCGGAUCGUGUCCAUCGACUACUACAUGGCGCGCCCGAUCCCGGGCGUCGAUGUUUGUUACAGCAGCUUUCAAGGUGAAAAAGUGAAUGAGGUUCCUGUAAUAAGAGUAUAUGGUUCAACUCCUGCUGGUCAAAAAACUUGCUUACAUGUGCAUAAGGCUUUACCCUAUUUGUAUGUACCAUGUACAGAUAUUCCAAUCCAUCCAACAUCUGAAGGGGAUGCAUUUACAAAUGCUGUCUCUCUAGCCAUGGAGAAAGCAUUGAAGCUCAAAGGCAAUGCUGGCGUAAAACGGCAACACGUGCAUGGUUGCGGCCUUGUACGAGCAAGGAGAUUUUAUGGUUAUCAUGCAUCUGAAGAGCUGUUUGUCAAGAUAUACUUCUAUCAUCCACAUGAUGUCUCACGUGCUGCCAAGCUUCUUUUGGGAGGAGCAGUAUUUGACAGAAGUUUGCAGCCGCAUGAAUCACAUAUUCCCUAUCUGCUUCAGUUUCUGGUUGACUAUAACUUAUUUGGGAUGGGUCUUCUUCAUCUAAUGAGAAUAAGGUUUCGACAUCCAAUACCAGAUACUUUUGCUCCAAAGAUAUGUAUUGAUAAUGAUCAAGGAAGACAGGUUGACUUGGGUAGGGAUGCCCACCUGGAGACUCCUGUUUGGAUAUCAUCUACGAUCCCAGGAAGUUGGAGGUGGCAGCCUCUGGGUAGCUUAGAUGCUUCGUCUGGAGAUGUGGCUAAACGUCAGAGCACAUGUGAACUGGAGGGAGAUGCUGGUGUAGAUGAUAUUGUUAACCAGCAGUUCAAAACAUAUACCUCUCUUUCUCAAGCUCGUACGGAUGUGAAAUUGGUCCAAUCCCUUGUGCCGAUUUGGGAGGAGGAAUUUGAAAGGAGUGGGAUGCACGAGGCAGCACUACCACCUGAUCCUGGAAAACCACCCCUAGAGGAUGUUCUGAAAGAUCUCUCACAUGGUCUUGACUUGGAACACAAACUAUUGGAACUCUGUUCAGGAGUUGUAAGUUCAGGCACCCCAGAGCAAAGUAUGAGGCCGCUGAGCUUGAUAACAGCUCCCCUUGAUGGUGGCAAUUCCACUGAGUUAGCCCUUGCAGGUUCAAGUUGUGAUGGUAGAGAUCUUUUGCUGCAUCUUGAGGAACAUGCUCUGAAUUGUUCUCCCUCAUCGCCAGAUUUGUUCUGUGGAGACAGAAUGGUUGCAACACCUGUCAAAGAAAAAGAUGCAUGUUACGAGUUGUCGAAUAAAAAUAAAUCAUCUCAAUUGACACAACCAUUGGGUGUGAAGGCAGUAGAUGAGGAAGUCCUUGGACUUCUCAAAUGGCUUGCCACAUCCCAGGCUGCUGAAGACAUAAACUCGGAUGAUGAACUUGUUAGAGAUAUUAUUCUGACUCCCCUUUUGCCUGCAACAACUAUUGAUAAGGUGCUAGAAAAGGCUAAUAUCGAGUAUGAGAGUGAGUCUCAGAAAGAGUGUCAGGACAUUCUUGAUUCAAUUGAUGAUAUGAAUGAUUUUGGCUGUUCAAAGGAAAGAGGAACUUCUUCUGCUAAUUUUAGUAGCCAUUCCCAAGCUUCAUCAGAGAAAAGUAUUCCCCAAGUUGAUGGCUCCAGUGAUGGUUGUUGCCAUUCUCCUUCUACUGGGUUGGAAGAAGGUUUAAAGAUGGAGAAGAAGGUUGAACUUAAGAAGUUCUCACAGCAACAAGCUCUAGAUAAUAACAGCAAAAGUUCUUCCAAUAAGAAAAGAAAGUAUAGUUCCUUAUGGGGUAGUUUACCUUUUGCCAUGAUCCCCAAGGUCACAAGCCACCCAGAGUUGAAUAGUCUAAACAUGAAUGAUGGAUCUGCUGGGGGCUGUGAGAAUCAAAAUUUGGAAUGUUCUAGUUCACACAGUCAGAGAAGGUUGGACUAUCUUUCUGAUACACCAACAGAAAAGGCAGAAUCAGAUGCUCAUCUACAGGAAGCGAGCGUAUUUGAGAGAUGCUCUGUCCGAGAUCUGAUGAGGAAAAAGCGAUGCCACCUUUUCAACCCACUAGACUGCACUCCUCACAGUGAAAAAAGGGUCAAUGAGUUCGCAUGUCCCGAAGAGAUAGACUUGCUUGAGCAUGGCAAUGAGUAUGACACGAGGCAGGUUGGAUCAUGUCCUGAUUUCCAGAGAGAGUCAAAAGAGGCCUAUCAAGAAAAUUUUACUGGAUCUGGGAUGGCAAUAACUGAAGGAUUCCUUCCAGUGGGCAUAGUUAAAGGACCACAGCAGUCUCCCUUUGAGAUGUGUGAUCCUUCACUUCCAUUGUUAUUUAAUGAAAUUGACAAGACUGAAGGGCCUGUCCUCAAAAGUAAAUCAGUAACUUCUGAUGUCCCAUCCUCCAGAGGUAAUAAGCUAUUAAAUACUAUGGAAUCUCACUCCCAGGACAAAUUUUUUAAGGAAAAACUGCACUCGGUUCAUGUAUCCAGUUCUGUCUGUGAGACAGCUAGUGCUAUCGAAUCUGAGACAUAUCACAGAAAUGUUCACUUUAAUAAAAGUGACCAUGAGACAGGAAAUCUGAUAGCAUGUAAGGCACUGUCGCAUAAGAACCUUGAGGCCAAUGAAGACACAAGUUUAACAUUAUUACGAGAAAGCUUGGAUCGUAGUGACAGUGAAUUGGGACCAGAUGUGGGUUUCUCAGGAGCUGCUACGUUAAUGCAGACAACUGUGGAAGCAGUAGAGAAACCUUCACCUUUAAUUGCCAUGACCAUCCGUGAGAAGCCACCCGUUGCUGACUGUGGUGAUGAGGCUCCUGAACAUCCCAUUCUCCUCAAUGGUAAAAUUAAGCGUUCUCACUCUGUGGUUGUGGAACACGAUGGGCAUGAAGGAACCUCAGGGAGAGCUUUGGAUGAAAUUCCUCCAUUCUUUGUCCAAGGAUUUAGAGAAGACAAAGAGGUUCAAACUGAUGGCAUUACGGAUGGUGGCUCCAACUACAUUAGAGAAGCUCACAUGGGUGUCCCUACUCACUAUCAAAAUGAUGGCUCAUGCUUAUACCUUUUGACACCUGUAAUUUCACCUCCUUCUGCUGAUAUCGUCAAUGACUGGCUACGGUGUAGUGAGAAAGGUACUUCUGGAAAGAACUGUAUAGAAUUAAUGGAUUCUUCUCCUUUGAAAGGAUCUCCAGUUACCCCAAUUCAUUCACAAGAAACUUCCCAAGAUGAUGUCAAUGGGAUUAUGCCUGAAUCUGGUUCUUUACCUCAUGCUAAACCUUCUAUAAAGCAAAUUAAUCAGCAUAAACGUGGAAAGCUAGAGAAAGAAGAGGAUCCAUCUCAUAAUAAGGCAGCAACAAUGUUCAUCAAUGAAAAAAGUAUUGGUAGAGUGAAAUCACACAACUGUUCUCAAGAUAUCUCGCAGAUUUCAGGACCAGAUGGAAAAUCAGGAUCUACACCUUUCAGUCAAUUAGGAUAUCGAGAUCCUGCGAGCACUGGUGGAGGGCAACAGCUUACAUUAUUAAGUAUAGAGGUUCAAGCAGAAUCUAGAGGAGAACUCCGACCAGAUCCUCGAUUUGAUGCUAUCAAUAUUGUAGCUCUUGCUGUUAUGAAUGAUCAGGAUUCGGUUAUUGAUGUACAUGUGCUGGUGCACUGCAAAACUGAAUCUUGUCAAAGGAGUCAUGAUGGAGUAUCCAGCUGUGAGGUGUUAGUGUUUCCACAAGAAAAUCAAUUGUUGAUCCAUUUUGCGAAGAUCGUUAGCAAGUUUGAUCCGGAUAUAUUGGUGGGAUGGGAUGUUCAAUCUGGUUCUCUUGGUUAUUUGGCUGAGAGGGCUUCAUAUCUGGGAAUUGGUUUGCUUAAUAUGAUAUCUCGAGUACCAUCAGACAGCAAAGCUUUUUCUGGAGAAUCAGGACUUACUGAUGAAGGGAUUGCAGAGAAUGUUCUAACUGAACCUUUGAUGUUUGAUUCUGUACGAACGGGAGAUGCUAUUAUUGAAGAUGAGUGGGGUAGAACCCAUGCGAGUGGUCUUCAUGUUGGUGGUCGAAUUGUCCUAAAUGUUUGGCGCUUGGUGCGUGGUGAAGUUAAGCACAACAUGUAUACAGUGGAAGCUGUAGUUGGAGUUGUUUUGAGAAGGAAAAUUCCCUCAUUUCAGCACAGCAUACUGACAAAAUGGUUCUCGAGUGGGCCAGGACGAGCAAGAUAUCGUUGUCUUGAAUACAUGAUCGAGAGAGCGAAGCUGAACGUAGAGAUUAUCAAUCAACUUGACUUGGUCAACCGAACUGCAGAACUUGCUCGCGUCUUUGGUAUUGACUUUUUCUCUGUUCUUUCUCGAGGUUCACAAUACCGUGUUGAAUCUAUGUUCCUCAGGUUGGCUCAUACUCAAAACUACAUUGCCAUUUCGCCUGGGAAUCAACAGGUUGCUUCACAACCUGCAAUGGAGUGCUUACCACUGGUGAUGGAACCAGAAUCUGGUUUUUAUGCAGAUCCUGUAAUUGUUUUGGAUUUUCAGUCUCUAUAUCCAUCAAUGAUAAUCGCAUACAAUCUUUGCUUUUGUACAUGCCUUGGAAAAGUUGUGCCUUCGAAGGCCAACACACUUGGAGUCACUUCUUUUACAGCGGAUCAAUAUGUUCUGCGAGAUUUAAAAGAUCAAAUACUGUUGACACCAAAUGGCGUUAUGUAUGUGCCUCCAAAGGUACGGAAGGGCAUACUGCCUCGUUUACUGGAGGAAAUAUUGUCAACCAGAAUAAUGGUAAAGCAAGCAAUGAAAAGAUUAACAUCUCCACAGCAAAUUCUUUACAGGAUUUUUAAUUCGAGGCAACUUGCUUUGAAGCUAAUAGCCAAUGUAACCUAUGGCUAUACUGCUGCGGGUUUUAGUGGCCGCAUGCCCUGUGCAGAGCUUGCAGAUAGUAUUGUUCAGUGUGGCCGCAGAACACUGGAGAAUGCAAUUUCCCUUGUAAAUGCACAUGACGAGUGGAAUGCAAAAGUUGUCUAUGGGGAUACUGAUAGUAUGUUUGUCCUCUUGAAAGGACGAACUGUCAAGGAUGCUUUUCGAAUUGGUCAAGAGAUAGUCUCUGCAGUAAAUGAGAUGAAUCCAAACCCGGUUGCUUUGAAGAUGGAGAAAGUCUAUCACCCUUGCUUCCUCCUUACAAAGAAACGUUAUGUGGGUUACAGCUAUGAGAGUCCCGAUCAAAUAGAACCUCUUUUUGAUGCCAAAGGAAUUGAAACAGUACGCAGAGAUACUUGUGGAGCAGUUGCCAAAACUAUGGAGCAAUCUUUGAGGAUCUAUUUUGAGCAGCAAGACAUUUCCAAGGUAAAAGCAUAUUUAUACCGCCAGUGGACAAGGAUUCUCUCUGGAAGGGUAUGUCUUCAGGAUUUUGUUUUUGCGAAGGAAGUUCGAUUAGGUACUUACAGUACAAGGCCCUCCUCAUCACUCCCACCUGCAGCAAUCGUUGCAACAAAAGCAAUGAGAAUCGAUUCCAGGGCAGAACCACGUUAUGCAGAAAGAAUACCAUAUGUUGUUGUCCAUGGGGAGCCAGGGGCACGCCUAGUGGAUAUGGUCGUUGAUCCCAUGGAGGUUUUGGCGAUUGAUUCACCUUUUCGACUGAAUGAACUUUAUUAUUUAAAGAAGCAGAUAAUUCCAACUUUGCAGCGAGUAUUUGGACUUGUUGGUGCUGACCUAAACCAAUGGUUUUCAGAGAUGCCCCGUCCUAUUAGGGAAAAUUUUGCGAAACGUCCCAUUAGUUCACCUAAUCCGCAGCGAAAACGAAUUGAUUUCUACUAUCUUUCAAAACAUUGUGUACUUUGUGGUGAGCUGGUCCCGACAUCAGCAUAUUUAUGCAAUAAAUGUUCACACAAGAGGCCAGCUGCUGCAACAGCUUUAGUUGGAAGGACAUCAAGAGUGGAGAGAGAUAUGCAACAUCUUGCUGCAAUUUGUCGGCAUUGUGGUGGCGGGGACUGGAUUUUAGAAAGUGGAGUGAAGUGCACUUCACUUGCUUGUGCAGUGUUUUAUGAGAGGCGUAAAGUUCAGAAAGAGCUACGAGGCCUUUCUGCUGUGACCACUGAGGCAGGCUUGUACCCAAAGUGUAUGGUUGAGUGGUUUUGAUUCUUGACCAUAAAAAUGUCGCGAACCCCGCUCUCUCUCCUCAUCCUCAAGCGCCUCUCCUAUCCUUCCCCAACCCCUCGACCCUACUCCCCCUUCGCCGGCCGGCGCUACUCCUCCGCCUCUCCCUCGGCUCCCUCGCCGGAGCCACCGCCGCCGCCGCCGCCGACGAAGCCGUCCAACCUCUCGGCUCGCCUCAGCUUCGUGUUCGACCAGAUCGACUCCAUCGAGAAGGAGCGCGAGCGGUCCCAGAAGGACGAGACGCUCCAGCGGAUACGCGCCUGGCGGGAGGCGAAGGGCGAUCACGCGCCGCCGCGGGGCGCUGCCGCCGAGACGGUGGGGCCGGUCGGGGCGUCGUCGACGAGCUUGGACGGUGGUGAGGGUGAGGAUGAGAGCGCAAGGGAGGAGGUCGGUUCGGCCGAGGGUGGAUUGAGUGCUUCGAGAGGAGCGCAGCCGGUGAAGGAGGUGGAGCUGGUGCAUCCGUGGAGGGAGUGGAUCGAGUUGAUGGAGAGGCUGGUGCAGCAGAAUUACUUUGAUCAUAGGAGGAAGGAUGAGGACAAGAUGGUGAGGGAAUCGGGGUUGGAGGUCGGAGAUAUCCCGGAGGAGCAUUUCGAUUGGAAUGCCGAUCCCAAGACCGUUCAGAAUGCUUGCUUGAAUUUUGGGAAGGACCGGUUCGACAUCUUGAGGUCAUUGUCGAGACAGGACAUUCAAAUUCUUGUUGGUUAUGGAUGCCCUACUGCUGACAAGAAGGUGGUUAUGGCUGCCAAACUAUUGAGAAAGCAUGUGCACCUCGAUGAAGGAGAUGUUUGUAGCUCCUGCAAACUGAGGAGCUCCUGUGAAAAAGCCUAUCUUUUGACCAACAAAGAGGAUGAGGCACGUACAAUUGAUGUAAUGCGAGUUCUAUCUACAUUCGGUCUUGAUCAUGCCCAUGGCUUAGUGACAAAUAAAUCUCUUCUGAAGCAAAAAUCUCUGAAAAUCGUUGUCCGCAAGUUGCUUCAUCAAAUUGUUAAGUUGAGUGCAGUUCCUAUUGAUCCAAACCUUCCCCCUCCAGUUAUUAAAAGGCCUCCACCGAAGGUCAAACAACCUCCACCAACUCCAAAGAGACGAGUUGGACGGGAUGAUGUAGAAAUGAAGAAAGGAGACUGGUUAUGUCCUAAGUGUGACUUCAUGAAUUUUGCAAAGAAUUCAGUGUGCCUACAGUGUGAUGCGAAGCGUCCAAAGAGACAGCUGCUUCCAGGAGAAUGGGAAUGCCCAGAGUGCAACUUCUUAAACUAUCGGAGAAAUACGGCCUGCUUCCAUUGCGAUUGCAAGCGCCCACCUGAACAGUUCAUGGAAGACAAAUUGCAGGAAAGACAUCAGAAUCCAAGGACUAGGUUGGAAAGGACUGCCAGCCGCCCAGAAGUCUCUAAUGCAUGGAACUUUGACUUUGAUGAUGAUGAAUCUGAUGGAGCAGAUGUAGCUGCUUUUGAGUAUGCAGACUCGUCAAUGAAGGGAGAAGAUUCUCAUUUACAUAACCAGGAGCAGGGAAGGAAUCAUCGAGGGUUUGAAGAUGAUUUUCACCAGAGUAACAAAUUCCAGAAAGUUGAUAACAGAGAAUAUUCUGAUUCCGAUCACGGUUCUCGUACCGGUUUUGAUGAUUUUGAUGAUGAGGAAGAUAACGUGGACAGUUACGAGCUAGAUACACGGAAUAAUUCAUCGCUUAGGAAUGGGCCAUCGAUAGAUUUUUCUGAGGUUGAAGGGGACUCUGGGUCUGAAGACGGAAUCUUAGACAUUAAAUCAUUUGCUCGAGAGGAAGCAAAGUCGCUCUGUCGCAAAAGGCCGUCGAAACCUUUACGCCGCGGGCGCUCUGUUCCAGGUUCAUAUGAUGAUGAAGUUGAUUUUGAUUCGGAGGACGAGACUUCGGUCCAUCCUAACUGGAGAUCUAGUCAUGUUGCGGAUUCUAGAAAUAGAGGCAGAGGUAGAAGUCCUCCAGGUAAAUUCAGGGGAUUGAGCUAUGGCUCAGAUGAAGAAGCCGGGCUGUAUUCAGAUUCAGGUGGUGAUUCGGAUGAGGACUUGCGGACUCGGAGAAGUAAAGCGGGUAAAUUUUCUGAUAAAGCAGGCCGUCGGAGUAAUUUCCACCAUUCUGGCUCCGAAUCAGAUGAUUAUGCCAGUUCUCGCGGAACGAAGUUCGGAAGAAGAGGAACAGAACCAAAUAGAAGAGGGGGCAAAUUUGAUGGGCGUGGCUCGCGUAGUAGUAGGAACAACUUUUCGGAUGAUGACUUCGAAUCAGAUGAUUAUGCCAGUUCUCGUGGAACCAAGUUCGGAAGAAAAGAAACAGUACCAAAUAGAAGAGGGGGCAAAUUUGAUGGGCGUGGCGCGCGUAGUAGUAGGAACAACUUUUCGGAUGACGACUUCGAUAGGCCGUCGAGAGGGGCGCGCGGAGGUAUCAAAAGUAGAGGACCUCGAGCGGAUGAGUUCGGCGGGCGGAGGAAUGAUCGAAGGUCAGAUGAGUUCGGCCGGCGGAGGAAUGAUCGAAGGUCAGAUGAGUUCGGCCGGCGGAGGAAUGAUCGAAGGUCGGAUGAGUUCGGCGGGCGGAGGAAUGAUCGAGGGUCGGAUGAGUUCGGCGGACGGAGGAAUGAUCGAAGGUCGGAUGGUUCGAGGAGUUACAAAGGUCCCGGAGCAGGGAAAUUCGAGAGCAACCAGCGCGGAAGGUUUAACAAAUACAAGGAUGACGGGGGCGGCGGCGGUUCUGAUGACUUCAAAAACCGAAGGCGUGUAAUCGAGCGAUGAUCUGCUUAUGACAAAAUUCGAGCAGAUUCACGUACGCUCACCGGAACAGGGCCUUUGUAAUCGUCUGCUGAUCUAAGGUAUCAUCUCUUGAGAGCACGGGGGGGAAACAGUAAAAGUGAUUCGAUCUUGCCUCCUCUUGGCCUCGUGAUUUAAUUUCAGAAGAAAAGAAUUAGUUAUUGUACCAAGAUUGGGCACAACGAGGCUCGAGAUCGUCUCAUGCAUGAUUAAUUUUUAUUUUUAUUGCCUUUCUGAAAAUUAAAUGUUAUACUAAAUCCUCGUAAUAAAAUGAAUGGGGUCCACAUUUUUUCCCGAUAUC